UUAGGAGGCCUAUGUCGCUUUUGGCUACUUUUCUCUGCUAUUUUAUAAUUACUCAAAGUUUAUAGUCUUUUAUGACUUUAUUCAAUAACAAUUAACAAUAAAGAAUUUUUAUUAUACAAAUUUAAAGAUAACAAAAUGGAGUGUGCGAGAUUUUGUAGACCUUACUUCAUUAGCUUAAGUUAACAAUAAAAGUACAAAAAAUAUAAUUUUUAUUGAAAUUAAAUCAUUUUAUUAAAUCAUAUUAUUAGAAAAUUAUAUUACUGUGUUAAUUACAACAUAUAUAGACAAAAUGUAAGACGUUUAUAUCGAUCGAUGAAAUGGUGUCGUGUCUAAAGCAACAGAUUUAUAAUCGAGAGGUGCCUCGCGGAUCCAAUUUCGAGUCCCACUAGUGCCAAUGAGAAUUUUUAAAUGUGAUGUAACAUUGGAAUCAAGUAAUCUAAAAUUUUCAAGUGAUAUCAGCAAACGCUGUGACAUUUACGAAUAGUUUCUGUUAGAAAAUUGAACCGAAUAAGGACAUUAAAAAUAAUAUCCAGUGUAGGUACUUUUUUUAAUAUUCCAAGGACGUCCAAAAUAGAUAAAAACGGACAUCCUAUGAACGUCCGCCGGACGUCUGUUGAGUUUUAUUCGGACGUCUUAUGAACGUUUCAAUAUCCAAACUUAAACGUCCAUAAGACAUUCAUGCUAUCUGGGUUUACCCAAAACGUUAAAAUUGGUGUUUUAAAGGUAUUAAAGUUACCUUCAACGAGUCACCGGCCAAAGUUAACACCAUCUAUAAGGUUCGUUUUUACGACAUUUUGUAAGCACUUUUAAAUGUAUAAAAUGUAUUCAGUCAGAGGAGGCUGGUCUACGUGCACAUUCCACUUUACUAAAAUACUAUGAUAUUACUAUGAUAUACUAUGAUUUUACUGAGAGUAAAAUUCCAGGCCACACUGUAAAUUUACUGUAUAGAAGUGAAAAUUAAGCACAUAUAUGUAAUAUUAUGGAUAAAUUUAGUAAUACCGGAAACUAAUUUACUAAAAAUCUGUAAAAAUACCAAAUUCCUGGUAAUUUUUCGUAAUAUUUCUGUAUUUUUAAUCAAAAUAAGAGGGAAAAACAAAUUUUAAAUAAAAAACUCUAUAAAAAUUUUUUAAAUUUACUAAAAAAAUAAGUAAAUUUUCUUUGUAAAUUUACACUGAUUUUUAUCAAUGUAGAUAAAGCAGAGCACCGGUUGAUGGUAUGCAAACGAGUCUGUGUGCAAUCGAGACACUCCAAUAUGUAUUUAGAUUGAUAUAUUACAUAGUAAAGAUUAUUUUAAGAAAAUGGUUUUAUAAAUUAUUUAAAAAUUAUUAUAAAUUAAUAUAAAAAAAUGUUUGUUAUAUAAAAUGGUUUUAUAAAUUAUUAGUUAGUAUUUAUUUAGUAAUUAUUUAGAUAGUAUUUAUUUAGGCAUACGGUUUAUUUAUAUAAGGAUAUAUAUAAAUGUAAAACAAUAUAAAAUAAAAAACAUAUAAAUUAUAAAAUCCAAAAUUAAUAUGAUAGCUACAUGAAGUAACAAAAACUACCACGAAACCGUCUCGCCCUGUUAAGAUUAUUCUUCUUCUCAAUUGUAUGAAACACAAUCUCUGUACUAGAUAUAAAAUGGUCUAAUGCAAAAUAAUUAAUAUAAAUAUAUUGUUGGAUGAGAAUCACUGAGAAUAUAAGAAUGCAAUGCACGAUGUAUAAAGCGAUCGAUAGAGAACGAAAGGUAUACAUUAAAUAUUCCUUAUUGCACAUACAAAUAAUAUUCAUAGAAUAUUCUAAAUAUUUAAUGAUUAUUUGAACAUUCUGUGAACAUUUAUUUACUAUUCCGGUAUAUACGGAACUUUUGGAAUACGAACGGAAUAUUUUAGGAAUAUCUAGCGUUUACUGGGUAUAUUACGUUAAACGUAGUCUACCAAUUACCAGUAUCUCGUUAAUAAAACUUACAAAAAUACAACGAUUUUAAUAAAAAUAAAUUCCUUUUCGACAACACACACUCAUUUAAUGUUAUUCUGCAGCCUUUUUUACACAUGCGAUAUUAAAGCGAAGUACUGUUCUUUCCCGCUAUAUGAUAGGUACAGAAUGAGUACUUCAACAUCAUUAUAGGCUGACAUGGUUACGAUUCUCGUUGCUACAAUAACUUGAAUACGGCUCGCAUUUAAUCGAAUAAUAGCAGAUAAUAGUGAUGAUUUCUUCACAUACGUUUUAAUGUAACGUUCAAUAUUCAAUGCUGCGGUCCAGGAAAGAUCAAGAAGCGUUAAAGAAAUGGGUUGGACGAAAGCUCACAAAGUGAUACAAAUGGAAAGAUGUAUUUCACGGGACAGAAAAACUCGAUAUCGUGGCAUUUUGAAGUUAUACGCGCGCGACAAGAAGCUGCGAUUGUCACAAGCUACCAAAUUGAAAUCGACAGUAUUGAGAAAGCUUACAUCUCUGGAGGCGGAUGUUAAAAAUUAUCGCAACGUUAUCAAGAAUUUAUCCAAAGGCGAUAAACUGAAAUCACUGGAUAAUCACAAGGAAUUCUGUUUGGCAUUUAGACAAUUACAAUCAUCCGAACUUUAUGCAGAUAUAUUUAAUGAUAACGACGUGAAACGUCGACUUUUGGAUAAGCUCUAUUACGAAAAAAAGAAGAAAUUGAAAUAUACUAUCGAAUUACAGUUAAAAUGCAGCGAUCUUUUAAAUGAGUGCAGAGAAGAAAACGAUAAUCAGUCACAUUGCAAACAACAAUUGAUAGUACGAUUGCAACGAUAUAUCUCGAAAUAUAACGCUGCGAAAACAAUAUACUCUACGUACUUGCCGAUAUUGAAUAUCUUGAAAAAGGAUGCGAUGUUCUUCGAUACCUUGUUGAACAUCUUGAAAGAGGACCAAUGUUUACAGUGCAAAACGAUACUGAGGGUGACGGUGAUGGGUCAGCUGGCAGCAGAAAAUUUAGACGACGUCAGACAAAAGUAUAAACAAGCGACUCGCGUCAUUUUGCAUAAUAUGAGAAUCAGAGAACAAAUGCUGAAUAAUGUACGUUUUCAAGUACGGGAUUUAUGGGCUUACGCGCUGUCUUUGGUACGCGUUGAGAGCGAUACUGUUCUCAUAAAAAAAAAUACUGACGAAUCGACUGCUGACAAAAUAAUAGAUAAACAGUUAGUACAUUUGAAGGAUAUCUGCGAUGAAGUGAAAGAGAUUCUAUUCGUACGCUCUUAUCAUGACCUGUUAUUGAGAUUUGACGACCAAUUCAAGCAACGGAUAAAUCUUCUAGCGAGAUUAAACAUCAAUAUAAAAAAUCGCGAUUCUUUGUUGAGCAAAACAAACUAUGCUAUACAAAUUUGCGAAAGUCUUCAGUAUUCUAAAACUGCAGCUGAACAAUAUAAAACAUAUGGAUGCGAGAUACUAGAACUCAUGCACAUUGAGGAAAAACGGGAAAAAGACUUUCAGGAACUGAAGAAAACUUACGGUGAAUUGUUUACGAACAUUAGAGCAGCUCUGCAGAACAUGAAUAUGAUGUUGCUUUAUGUUAAGCAACCUGAUAGAGGUAUGAAGAAAACUGGGAAAGAUGUGGGCAAAGAUAUGCUGAAGGAACUAGAUGACAAAGAAGACACAAACGAACUCGAGUCGCUAGUAGAGCUCGAAGAAGUAGAUACCAACAGUGAAUAA